AUGGAAAAGUAUACACUUACAGAACAAAAUCAAACUAACUACAUAUCACUCAAAAAUAUUAUCAAAAAUGAAUUUAAUCAAGGGGUUUAUUUUUUAUCUGGGGAUGAAAAUAGCGGGAAAUUGGCAAUAAUAGAAUCAAUAUUAAUAGAUUUUAAAAAAGUUUGCUUGAAAUAUGAUUAUAGAGAAGGAAAUAAAAAUAAAAAUAUUUUUAAUAAUAAUAAUGAAAAAUCAGAAAAUAUAAAUAUUGUUUUGUUUUCAAAGCUAUCAAGUUUUGGAUAUUAUAUUUUAAAUAUUGUUAAAAAAAAUAAUUUUGAAAUCAUUUUAAAUUUAAAAUAUCAAAAAAAUUAUGUUUUAACAAAAAAUGAAAAAAUAUUUCUAGUGACUAUUUAUUCUUUAUGUGAAUGCAGUAAUAGAAAAAAUACAAGAGAUAAAACAACAAUUGGUUUCAAUUUAAAUUAUUAUUUCAAUAUAAAAGAAAUUCAAAAUGAAGCAUUAAUAUUAUUUUGUUUUUUAGAAAAAGAAGAUUUCAAAGCCAAAUAUUAUGUAAAAGGUUUAUUAGAAAAUAAUCUUAUUUUUGUUGACAAUAAAAAAAAUAUAAAAAUAAAUAUAAAAAUAGAAGAAAUUAAAGAAUAUUGUAUGGAUUUAUCAUUUUUUCAAAAUUUUUUAUUUAUUAAAGAAUAG